AUGCCUCCACGAUUGAACCUCCGUGCGGCUUCUCGCUCAUUAGUUAUACUUUCAAGACCGUCAGUGACAUCGGUGCAGCCACGAAUCGCUCAAAUUGUUGCGCGACGGACGUUCGCAGAGGAAAAGAGUCGAAAUCCUGCUCCGGGCCCAAACCAAGAUCAACUUCCACAUGUGAGCGAAGAAGCGGCAGAGUAUGCAGAGAUCACAGGAGGGACAAAACCAGAUACUAGCCAGGGAACGCCAGUACAAGAUAUCCUCAAACGUGACCAGGAGAGCACAGAAAAGGCGCCAGAGAUCAUCAGGGAAGAGAUAGAUCCCACAUCAAAGUCUGCUGCAGACGAAACAACCUUUGCAAACCUCCUCGCAUUAGGACAAUUACAAAAUGCCUCCAAUGGAGAACCAGUCGGCCACAAAUUCGGUCUACCUACACUUCCACUACCAUCCAAUGCAAACUUGCACUAUAGAUACGACCCGGUUGUUGAUCAAGUCACAAACCUAUUAAUGCAGCAUGGAAAGCUUGGUGUUGCGCAAAGGAACAUGGCCUUCAUUCUAAAUUUCCUCCGCACUUCCCCACCCCCUCAAACCAACCCCGAUCGACCUUUACUUCCCGGCUCUCCACCAGCCUAUGCUCUCCCUCUCAACCCUGUGCUCUAUCUCACCCUCGCUAUCGACUCCAUCGCUCCUUUACUACGCAUUCGUUCCCAGAAAGGUGCAGCGGGUGGUGGUACCGCUCUCCAGAUUCCAGUGCCGCUUGGCCUGAGGCAACGGAGGAGAACAGCCAUUACCUGGAUCCUAGACGCUGCUAGCAAGAAAAAGAGCAGGGGAAGUGGCAAGAACCAGUUUGCGCAGAGGGUUGCGGAGGAGAUUAUCAGUGUGGUGGAGGGACGGAGUGGGGUUUGGGAUAAGAGAGGGUUAAUACAUAAAUCGGGAACUAGUGCGAGAGCGAACUUGAUGUUUGGACAGAAGAGGAGGAGGAUUCAAGCUUCUUAA